AUGGAAUUGUCCACUGGAUAUGACCUAGUGAACUGGGUUGUUUUCCCAAAUAAAUCCUUUAUGAAAGUGAGCAUUGGAGCAAUAGAUUCCAAGACUUCCUCAGACCAAAGGUUUACUAUUAAGAAAGAUGCCAUUACAUGGCCUAAUAUCUUCAACCAGACAGUGCCUGAAUCGACUUGUACUGAGAGAUGCCAUCCAGGGUACUACAUGAAGAUUCUUGAAGGACAACCAUCUUGCUGCUAUCAUUGCUUAGGUUGCCCAGAAGGGACAAUUUCAAACCAAACUAAUGCACAUCAUUGUUACAAAUGUCCAGAAGAGGAGUGUCCAAACAAGAAACGAAACAGAUGUGUUCCCAAAGUCAUCACUUUUCUUACUUAUGAUGGACCUUUGGGGAUCUGUCUGGUGUCUGCUGCAGUUUUCUUGUCUCUACUCACAGCCUCAGUAUUUGGUAUAUUUAUUAGACACCGGAAUACACCAAUUGUCAAAGCGACAAAUCGAGACCUUACUUAUCGUCUGCUAAUUUCAAUUUUCCUCUGCUUCCUUUGCUCCUUGAUAUUCAUUGGACAACCUAGCACGGUGACUUGCCUUCUUAGACAGGUUGCUUUUGGCAACAUCUUUACUUUUGCACUUUCUUGUGUUUUGGCCAAAACAAUAACUGUGGUCAUAGCAUUCAUAGCUACAAAUCCUGGGGGGAAAAUAAUUAAAUGGGUUGGCAAAAAAUUAUCCAACUACAUUAUCUUUUUUUGUUCUGCUAUCCAAGCUGGAAUUUGUGCCAUCUGGCUAGGCACCUCUCCUCCUUUCCCAGAUAAAGUCUCACAAUCUGCAGAAAUUGUAGCUCAAUGUAAUGAGGGCUCAUCUACUAUGUUCUACAUUGUCCUAGGGUACCUGGGCUUUCUGGCCAGUGUUAGUUUCACCCUAGCCUAUCUAACAAGGAAACUACCUGACACAUUCAAUGAAGCCAAAUUUAUCACCUUCAGUAUGCUAGUGUUUUGUAGUGUCUGGAUAUCCUUUAUUCCAACCUAUUUGAGUACCAAAGGCAAGUACAUGGUAGCUGUGGAAAUCUUCUCUAUUUUGGCCUCGGGUGUUGGAUUACUGAGUUUUAUUUUUGCUCCUAAAGUGUACAUUAUUCUGCUGAAACCAAACAUGAACAUAAAGGACCACUUGUUUAAGAAAGGGAAGUCAAUAAAAUAA